GGAUCUACAGAGACCCUUCAAUUGGACGGACAUAGAAAACGAGGAGGGACUCACAGAGAGGCUUGCUCCUCUGGGCCAGGCGUCCGAGGGAGAAGACGAAGUCUACCUCGAGGGAAAAUGGGAAUGCGAGAGUUUGUCCAUGCAGCCGGACGCUUGCCCAAACGGCGAAUACCUUCGUCAAUUAGAGGAAGAACAAGAACAACUGAAUAACUCUCUCUAUGCUCUCACAUCACACUUCGCGCAAGUGCAGUUCCGAUUGAAACAGAUCAUCGACGCCCCCGACCCGAAUAAAGAGACACUACUUAAAGAAUUGGAAGAGUUCGCUUUCCGUGGCGUCCCGGAUCUCAGAGAGCCUUCGGGGGACGCUCGGGAUCUCAUUUCGCCCGUGGCAGUCGCCCACGACGAAUUGAUGGAAAAACAGAAACAGAAGCAGCGGGACCUCAUGGAGAAGCUCCGCAGUCAGCUACAGGAUUUAGAGACUUACGCCUACGAAACCGGGGACGGAGGCCUACCAUCGAAUGUGCUGCUAGAACGGCAAAGUGUCAUUAUCGAGCAGCUCAAGGAUCGUAUGGCGCUCAACCUCGAGGAAAUGGAAGUUCUCACAGCCGAGGAGCUUCGGGAGAAAGUGGACUCUGCCAUUAAAGAGAUGGUGAACCCGGUUAAAGUGAAGGAACAAUUAGUGGAGCAGUUGCGGACCCAGGUCACGGACCUCGAACGAUACAUAGACUUCCUACAAACCGAUACGGCUUCCGUCGUCAAUGCAAAAUGCUCUUGUACCUGUGAUUCGCACAUCCAGGGCCGAGAAGCAGUCUGCACCGACACGGAUACCACCGACGAAGAAGGUGCCUGCCGCAAGCACCCGCCGAGACGUCGACCUCGACGGACAACUUCAGAAGAGGAGCGACACCGUCGAGAUCGCAUGGUCGAAAGAAUGGCGAAUCUGAUGCACGUUUUUGCUGUGCUCAACUUCGGAACUUGCUCGCGGCAGCAACCGAGCUUUCGGAGUAAUACGAUGAAGUCGACCCCUCGCGGGAACCACUGGGGUGAUAUGCGAGCCAAGUUGGAGCUCGCCAUCGAGAGGGUACUUCGGGACGUCGACACAGCUGAUGCCCGUCAGAGUUCAAACAGCGACUACGCCAGUGAGAGCGACGAGGGUCCCGAUUCGACAUACAACGAGCAACUGACCAUGACUGUCCGUAAGGAUCUCGCCGGAGCACUGCGUGAUCUGUUGCAACACGGUCUCGAGGGAAGCUCCUCGCGGAGCCUCCUUCCCUCGAUGAUGGGCUGCUUCGCGUCGCGACCGGGACAGCACGGAACAAUGCUGCAUGUUUGGGACCUCGUAUUGAAAUACUAUUUCUUCAAAAAUGGUCCUCAAUACAACGCGACCCCAGCGCGUAAACUCUCGGAGAGCUUCAACUUGAAUAUAGUCAACGGAGCCAGCUCUAAGAAGACCCUGCUCGGAGUCAUACACAACAUAAUUUGCUCCCAUACUCCGCUCAGACGGAGCGCCGACACUCAUUUCAAAGCCUUCGUCUGCGCCGCCCUCAACGAAAAGAGAUUGACGGCUUGGCUGAAGAUGAUCCUCCGGUGCAAACCCAUCGUGGAAAGAUAUUACGCUCCUUGGAGCUACGUUCGGAAAACUGGUUUCGAAGAUGCAUUUCGUUCCUUGGAGAAACUCGGCUCCAUUCACUUCAACCUGCCCGUAGAUCUUGCCGUCAAGCAGCUGCAAGAAAUCCAUGAAGCGUUCUAGGGAGUAGAUUUCUGAUCAUCGCGGAGAAUGGAGAUUUUUCCGAAACUAUACACACAUAUCCGGUCAGCAUUACGCUGCGAUUGUUAUCGUUGACACGGACUUACGGAGAAGGUUCCCUUUGGGUGCGACAGCAUCCGAGGUCUCGAACCGCUGGACUCUCUCAUCGGUCGAGCCCGCUUGUUGGUAGGUGUACGAGACGACGGAAUACCAGUUUCAAAAUACAGACGAAUGUCAAGCUACGAAUGGACGAUCCAUGUCGUAUCCUAUUUUUUGCCAUGAUCGCGUAUGAUAUUGCAGCUCUUCGUUCGAUCGGACAACUUCAACAGUAUUUCGAAUCAUUGCUCUUUAGAGGUCAAUGGAAUAUGUAUUAUAAGAACAUGAGGGCCGUGAGGCGGCUGAGGUCUGGAGCAAGCCGAAUAAAUAACGUUAUUUU